UUAUACAGUUCUGUAAGUUGCCGUCUGUUGCUCACAGAAACGCAAUGGGUGGGCGGUGGCACUUUGAGUGAGGUCAUUGUCAUGUUGCAUCAGUGGUGUACUCACUGGAAUAUAGUUGUCUGGCAGCAGAAGGUGAAAUCCUAGACAGCUACCUGACAGAAGUGCACAAGAACUUACAUAUCCUCCUUUUACCUGGCCAACCAAGAAACAGCCAUCCUACUUUCUAUACUGAGACCAGAUGGAGCCCAUGUCAGUAUCUCCAAAUGGGAGCACGGAGACACUGGAGGAUGGUCAUACAGCCUCCCUAGAGGGGGCGCUGACACCCAAGGGCCUGAGGCGCAAGAGAGAGUUCAUUCCAGAGGAGAAGAAGGACGUCACCUACUGGGAGAAGCGUCGCAAGAACAACGAGGCGGCCAAGCGCUCGCGGGAGAAGAGGAGGGUAAACGAUUAUGUACUGGAGAGCCGCCUGGCGGCCAUGAACAAAGAGAACGCCCGGUUGAACACAGAACUGCUGGCCCUCAAACUCCACUUUGGCCUGGUGAGCCCUGCGGGCUAUGCUGCCCACCAGAGCAGCCUGCUACGGCUCCACCAUGCCCAUACCCACAGCCCUCAUUCUCCGCCACCCAGCAGCCCAACCCAGCCCCUGGACAAGGACGUCUACUGGGGUAGGAGGCCCAGCUACAGAGACCCCUCUACUUUGCCAAAUUACCACCACCUACCUCCUGUCCUGACUGGACAACUUGCUCCUGCCAUGAUCAAUCCACAUGCUCUACCAACUAGAAGGGCCUAUCCAUACUUCUUAGAAAUUCCUGGUGUUGUCCACCCUGCAAACUCAUCCUCCCUUCUCCUGCCCCCGCUUCUCCCCUCUCCCCUAUUGUCCUGGCCGGGGGUUCCCCUGCUGAGGCCCACCCCUAGGAGAGGGGGUUCAGAUGAGGAGGGGGAACAGCAGGUCCCAGCAGCCUCCUCCAGCACUGCAUUACCGCACAAGCUGAGGCUGAAGACCAUCAGAGGUCCUACUGUCCACAGGGAUGUUAGAGACAGGGCCUCCCCCCAGCUCCCGCUCUAUGUAUCUGACUGACUGACUGACCACAUGGCACAUGGCACAGCAGCACAGAGCAGACCAACCACAGCACUGAGAACAUGAAGGAUCCAUGCUCUUAGCGCUGUAACAUUGACACCAAAUUGACAGUUGUCUGUUGAUUGAUUUUCUGAAAGUUGUUGCUUCUCAGGUUUUGCCAUGCUUCCUUACUGCCCAAGUUAACUGGAUUAAAUAGAAUGUGGGGGGGGGAAUUGAUCAUUUAUUUUAUAAAAUCCAAUCAAGUGUUUACAUUACUGUGUGGGUAAUGUUUAGGUUCUGUUGGUUGGCUGGCUGGCAGAGCAAGAUAGCACUGUGGUUCAGUGCCUCUCUGGAGUGAGGAGCAGGGCCGUAGCGACACAUGAGGACGCCGAGCUCCAGACCUCUGGAAUUUAAAAAAUAUAUAAAUAAUAAUACAUUUCAAAAAUCUGUCGGGGUCUCAACUUACUGUUGAGAGUUAGAAUAGUAGAACAUACAAGGUGCAAUUUCAAAACCUUGUUGCAACAGUUUUCCUCUUGGUAUAUGUCACUCACUGACAGUCACUCAAUUAACCCAUGUCAGUUAAAUAUUUUAAGAUUGGUCAAUUAGUCUAGUUAUUACCAAUCGGAAAUGCAGGGCACGUGCCCAGCUGCACUGACCUCCACAGAGCCCCCAUUGAUUUUGUUAGUCACUCUCACUCAGAUAUCAUAUUAACCUGGCAAAAGUCAUGGCAAAAUGUGAAGAAUUGCAGGAAAUUAGCUUUAAAUCUGCAAAACAUGUCUCCCCAUCCAAGGGAAAAAUGUGUAGAAUUGCAGGAAAUUUGCUGUAAAACUGAAGAAAAAAUGUGUUCUGUAAAGCAAACUUAAUUGUUUACCUUUGUUAAUAAAAUUAUUUCCUGCUAACAGA